GUCUCAUGUGUCUCAUGUGUCUCUGCUCAGUUCUGUCUCUGUUGUUAUGAACUUCGGUGGGUUAACUGAUCCCUGAGAUCAGCCUGCCAGGCUGCCAGGUGGCAGGAGGAGGAGGAGGAGGAGUAAGAGGAGGAGGCCGAGGAGAAAGGAGUGCUGCUGCAGAGGACUGGGAAGAAUGGGAGCUGCUUAUGGGAAGAAGAAGGCGUACAGCAUCAACCACGAACCUCCACCGAAGCAGCAUUGUGUGAAAAAUGGAAAGCACCCAAAUGGCAGAGCGUCAGCUUACGCAGACCUGCAGCAGCACCGGUCCGAUGGCCUCUACACGAAACCGUCCCCGGUGUCCGGCUACAUGCCCCAGCCCGACUACCUGGAGGGAGACGAGGACAACGACCUCAUCAAACCCAAGAAACUGGUGAAUCCUGUCAAAGCGUCAAAGAGUCACCAGGAGCUUCACCGAGAGCUGAUGAGCAGCUGCAAACGGGGCGGAGUCAGUGUGGAGAUGAAGCCGGAGCUGCAGAGAGUUCUGGAGUCGAGGAAAAGAGAUCAGCUGAUCAAACAGAGGAAACAGGAAGAGGAAGCUCGCAGGAAGGUCUCACCUCUGGAGGCCGAGCUGAUAAAGAGACACCAGAGAUUGGAUGAGUGGGACAGGCAGCAGGAGAAGUUGCAGGAGGAAAACCUGAAAGCUCCAGAGUUUGUCAAAGUGAAGGAAAAUCUGAGACGGACAUCAUUUCACAGUAAAGAUGAGAAGGAGGUGUAGAGAUACCGCUGCCAUCCUGCAGGAGUGAGACACAGACUGUCCACAUGUUUACAGGACAAUCUGAGGACACAAAUAUACAGAGGACAGUAUGGGGGUACAAACAUACUGAGGACACUUUUUCUUAUAAUGAGAUGCUAAUAUCGUACCUUGUAUAAUUAGAGAUUUUUUCUUGUCGUUAAGAGAUACUAACUCUGUAAGACUACGAAAAUGUUCUCAUGAUUAUGAAAUGUUGAUUUUUGCGUACGAAACGUAGAAGUAAUACUAGGAAGAAAUAAUAAUAAUAAAUAUCUGAAAGUAGAUUUUAUUCUGUAAUUACCAAACACUAACGAUGUAUAAUGAUGCAGGCUGAUCUCGUAAACUGUUCCCACAUUUUUCUACGAAAAGUAAUCCACCCAAAUUCGUACAUAUCCGGCAUAUUUUGAAAGGCUGUGAUCACGUGAUCAGUGCGCCCACAGGAGUAAAGAAGGAGGCGUUCCUGAGUGGUCUGUAAGUGGGUGGGUCACGAAGGCGGAGUUUCCCCUGGAACCAUCAAUCAAUCAAUCAAUUUUAUUUAUAAAGCCCAAUAUCACAAAUCACAAUUUGCCUCACAGGGCUUUACAGCAUACGACAUCCCUCUGUCCUUAUGACCCUCGCAGCGGAUAAGGAAAAACUCCCCAAAAAAACCCCUUUAACAGGAAAAAAAACGGUAGAAACCUCAGGAAGAGCAACUGAGGAGGGAUCCCUCUUCCAGGACGGACAGACGUGCAAUAGAUGUCGUACAGAACAGAUCAGCAUAAUAAAUUAACAGUAAUCCGCAUGACACAAUGAGACAGAGAGAGAGAGAGAGAGAGAGAGAGAGAGAGACAGAGAGAGAGAGAGAGAGAGACACAGAGAGAGAGAGAGAGAGAGAGAGAGAGAACCAUGUUCUUUGUAUUCUUCGUGCUCUCUGAGUGAAUUUUGAUUCAUUUCAAGAUUCGUCCUCACUGUUUUUCUUUUCCUAAACCUUACCGUCGUAACUUUACAUGAAUUAUGUUGCUGUAUGUUAAGGACGUAACGACAUGCGGGGAUGCUAACUCGUAGGAUAUCAUAUGAACUGUUCUGUAAGGAUAUGUUGAAUUAUGAUAUCUAGAAAUCCUGAAGUGAAAUACACAGAUCUGAACAUUUAUUGUCUUUUCAGUCACAACAUGCUGAAUUAUGAUUCAUGCAUGAAGCAGAAAUUAUAAUUUUAUCAGGUCAGGAAUAAAAGCGACAAAAACAUGAUGGAAGCAGAUUUUUUUUAAAAUAAAAUAAUCGACAAACUCAUGAUUUUUCUAAAUGUUGUGACUCUGUUUCGUCACAUUAAAUUCUUGUUUCUUUUUUUCUGUGUGCUGUAAUAAUGAACAGCUGUAUGAUUAUAUGAUACAGAGACUUGUAAUCACAGGAAAUGAUGUCAUAAUUGUGACAUGUGUUUUUGUUGUCAUCAGAUAAAAAGUUCCCACAGUUCUCAGAGUCGUGUGUCGAAACUAGACUGAUUAUUUUAUAAUGCCGGAGACAGAAAACGACAGAAGUCGAUCCACGCUCACCAAAGACAAACAGUCACUGAUGCUGUGACUGAUGUUUUUUUAGUAACUGUAAUUCUGUUUCCUGUUUCGGACUGAGUCACUGUCAGGACAGAGACAUUGUGCUGAGACAUAACGAAGACACGAUGGACGAACCCUUUAAUGACAGAGAACAUGAGUUCUGUCAGAACAAACUGUGCCUGAGUCUCGUCUGUGUGUCUGACGAUCCAACACGUUCUGCAGCGUUCAUUCAGAGCGUUGGACAGGAAGCUGUUUUUUACAUCAUUACAUCAUUCGUGUGUUGCAUCCUGUUCAAUCACCGUCAUAUUUACUGUACACAGCCCUUAAGAAAAUAUUGUAUCAGGUAUUUGUUUUAGUGACGACGUACAGGAGUCAUAUUUACGAGAUGAUGCUGUUACAACGUGUGUAAUUUGACUAAAUCAGGUGAGAAGACGUCACGCUCACGACUGUCGUGUCACAUUAUUAAAGAUACGGGAUGUUUUUUCUUUUUGGCUUCUGAGAUGAUUAUUGCAUAUAAACAUGAGAUAUGUAAAUUAUAAUGACAUCUUAUAAUUCAGACAAAUCAACAUGUGAAAAAGUUUUGACCUUUUGACUCCUGAGCUCCGAUGACAUCACAGUGUGACUGAAGCCUUACGUCUGGACGCGUCUGUGUUGUUGAUCGUACAAUCAGUGAAUUCAUUUUUAAUCCAAACAGAUUCUGGAGCACUUUAACUGUGUGAGCGAAAAUUAAACUCAGAUUGUAAUUUGUA